AUGACCGAUGGGUCACACCUAGCACUGUUUUUCUACCCAGAAAUCUCAAAUACAGUUGAAGUGAUUUAUCGUGAAAACAACGUUCAAUGGAAAAACGUCGGAUUAUCAACAGGGCAAUGGAUUCAGCGAGUGUUCGAUGUAACAAAAUGUCGAUCUCUGGGAAGUGUGACACUCAAUGGGACACCAAACUGCGAUGUGUUCUCCUUUCUUAAUGUAGUCUCUUACCUCGAAAUCACCAACAACUGUACAAAAACUUCUGCUAUAAAAGCACUGCAAGUUCUCUCGCCAGUCACUUCAUGGAUUACGUUGUUUAAACUUCCCUUUUCCAAUCGAGUGGAAUUCCAGAGAUUUUGGUUGGGAGAUGUGAAAUGUUUGAGAAUCCACGACGAUGAUUUAUCAAGUUUUCAAUUUAAGAUUGAUGAUCUUCUAGCAUCGAACGCAGUCAAACUGCAAUUGCUCGGAAUCAAAAUGAGUCUGAGAGACCUUAACAGAUUCUUCUCAUGCUGGUUGGACAAUACAUCUAAUCAUCGGUUGGAGCAUCUAUCAGUAAAAUCACUUGAGGAUAUCAAUGAAGACGUUCUUCUGGAAGGACUAGGUGCUACUCGUUUCACAGAAAACCGGACUAGAGAAUUCCGAUCAACCGACAUAUUUCCUAAAUUCAGAGAAUUCACUGAAGGUUUUGAUGUGAGAAGAGUAGAUGGAAAAUUGGCAGCUAUUACAUUUGGAAAUGCUUCUGAGGAAAUAUUCAUAAAUUUCGAUGUUUGGUCAUGA